AUGUCUGCGUUCAAAAAACAGCUAGUGUCUUCCUUAUUUUCGAUUGAUUACGUAGGAGAAAAUGUUUAUGAGUGAGUUUUUGUUUGAAAUUUUGAUUUUGAAAAAAAUUUUGUGAACGUUAAACACAUGUUUUCGAAAUGUAAUUUCAAAUCUGAAUGUGAAUAUUUUUUUGACCAAUGGAAAAAAUUGAAAUAGAGCCGAGCUAAAAAACAUAAAAAUUAUGUACAAAAAAAUUCACAAAACCUAGGUCCAACACACAAAAACUGUACUGUUUUCUUCAACGAAAUGUUUUUCUGCCAGAAAACACAUUUUCGGAGACACAAAAACCUUUUGUUUUCAAGAAAACACACCUUUACAAACAACAAAAAAUCUUAUAAAUUUCUAGAUCCAAUUCUCCACACAUUGGGGGAGUAAUUGGGCCAAAUCGAUUAUUUGGUGGAUAUAUUGCCGCUCAAACUUAUUUUGCAGUACGCGAUGCAUUGCGAAAAAAUCACGAUGAACGUGUCAUCUUCAGUAUGCACUACAAUUUCGUAUCAGCUGGUAGGGUAAACAACACAAUUUUUUGUUGAUUGCAGGAAAAAAACAAUUUUUUGAAAAAUAACAAUGAAAAUAACUUUUACAGGUGAUCCAAACAAAAAUAUUUAUCUCAAACUAAAUCAACACGACAACAUUUAUUCCAUUGAAAUAGCACACGAUCAUAAAAAUAUUGGUCUUGCUCAUGUCAAGGUGAUUUUAUUUUGACAUUUAUUUUUUGAUUGUCACAUCAUAGACACAAUUUUCAAAAUUAAAGCUCGACACAAAUUUCUUGGAUCGUCCGGAAAAUGAGAAAAAUGUUAGAUUUCCACAUAUGACAAAUUUACCGACAAUGGGAACUUUGUUGGAUAGUUUGCCCAGUGAAAAAUGGCGAACUCAUUAUCACAACUUGUUCAAUAAAUUGAUGUUCGAAGUUCGACCGCAAUUUCUGAUUCAGAAUUAUUCUUUGGAUAAUCAUAAAGUCGCGUUUUAUGCAAGAAUUUAUCCCGAAUGUUUGAGUGAGUUUUUUAACAGGGAAGUGGAGAGGAUUUCAAAAAAGAAAACAAAAAAAAUUGAAAUAAAAUAUUCGAAUAUUUUGACAGAACUUUUGGAAUCAGAAGGAGAGAGAACAAAUCUAAAAAACCCUCGGGGAACUUUUUAAGUAAAAAAUUGAUCAAUAUUGUUAUCGAAAAAAGUUUCUUGAGAGUUAUACUAAUUCGCGACUAAUAUUCAGAAUAAAAAACAGGAGCACUUUGUGAAUUAUUUAUUAUUUCAGAAAGUGUAAUAAAAGUAGUCUUCGACGAAAUAAUCACGAGUUAGCUAACAUUAAGUAAUGCAAAAUUUUAUAUGACUAACAACAUGACAAAAAUUAUAAAAACUCAGAUAUCACACUUGAGCAGUUUUUCAGCAGUUUUAAGCAAAAUCGAUUCUACAUACAUAUGUAUAUACUAAUAAAAUUAUUCGGAGAACGCUCGAAGUUUUUUCCGAAAAAUUUAUUUGUAGUUUUAACCACAUUUUAUUUCUAAUAAAGCCACAAAAAUAUUAUUAUAAACCUUUUCAAAAUUAGAUUGAACUGAGGGAUUUUCAAAGAAAAAUAAAAACUAUUGAAAUUUGAAUUAAAAUGAACAGAUUCUUAGGGUUAAAAUUCAAAGAAGAUAAUUUAAAAGUUCAUACAUGAAAAAUACCAUGAGUUGAUAUUUCAAAAAUGAUAUUCGAAAGCGAAACACUUUUUCACGAGAAAAACAAUUCUUGAUUUUUCCAGGUUUAUUAGACGAGGAUUCCGGUAUAAUAGCAGUAAUCGCAUUGUCUGAUUUUUUCGUUAUUCAAUCCGCUCAAAAUCUCGCCAGACAACAUGGUUGGAAAACUUCAACAGCCGCAUCGUUACAUCAUAAAAUACAUUUUCAUACAGAUUAUGUGCAGGUACCCUACAUUCAUUCAAUUUAUUAAUUGAAAUAACUAGAAAACUUUUAGGCUGAUCAGUGGUUUUACGUGGAGACCAAAACCGAGACAUCAACUGGAAACAAGGCAAAAAUCUUUGGUCAUUUGUAUGAUAGUAAUAAGAAAUGUGUCAUGUCUUUCAUUCAAGAAUCUUACUGUGUUGCUCAUUUACCAGAAGCUAAAUUAUAA